AUGAGCCUGAGGGGGCCAUGUGAGGAGCGUGGGGAGGGGACAGCCAAGCCACGAAUAGAUGAAAAGAACCAAGUAACCGAAAUGACUGGAUUAUACAGGAAAGGGCAGCUGGGAGAAGGUCAGUGCAGCCCUGGGCUGGAGAAGUUUAGGGUGACUCUCCAGGUCACUCCUCCAUGCACCCGGGAGAGGCAAUAUGAACAUCUUGGACGGUGUUGCAGCAGGUGUGAGCCAGGGAAGUACCUGUCUUCUAAAUGCACUCCUACCUCUGACAGUGUGUGUCUGCCCUGUGGCCCAGAUGAAUACUUGGCUUCCUGGAAUGAAGAAGACAAAUGCUUGCUGCAUAAAGUCUGUGAUGCAGGCAAGGCCCUGGUGGCGGUGGACCCUGGCAACCGCACGGCCCCACGUCGCUGCGCAUGCACUGCCGGCUACCACUGGAACUCAGACUGCGAGUGCUGCCGCCGCAAUACGGAGUGCGCACCGGGCUUCGGAGCGCAGCAUCCCUUGCAGCUCAACACAGACACAGUGUGUGUGCCCUGCCCCCUGGGCUUCUUCUCAGAUGUCAUUUCAUCCACAGACAAGUGCAGACCCUGGACCAACUGCACCCUGCUUGGAAUGAUAGAAGCACACCAAGGGACGAAGACAUCAGACGUGGUCUGCAGCUCUUCUGUGACACUGAGAAAACCACCCAAGGAAGCCCAGAUGUACUUGCCCAGUCUCAUCAUUCUGCUUCUUUUCAUCUCUGUGGUAUUAGUAGCUGCCGUCGGCUUUGGCGUUUACUACAGGAAAGGAGGAAAGGCGCUGACAGCUGAUUUGUGGAACUGGGUCAAUGAUGCUUGCAGUAGCCUAAGUGGAAAUAAGGAGGCCUCGGGAGACCGAUGUGUCGGUUCCCACUCAGCAAGCUCCAGUCAGCAAGAAGUAUGUGAAGGUAUCUUACUAAUGACGCUGGAGGAGAAGAUGGCUCCAGAAGACACCUGUUACCCGGAAGACGGUGUUGCUGGAGUCUGUGGGCCUAGGUGUGCAACAGGGGGGCCCUGUGCAGAAGGUGGAGAUGUCAGGAUGUUUACACUGGUCAGUGAGGUUGAGACGCAGGGGGACGUCUCAAGGAAGAUGCCCACAGAAGAUGAGUACACAGACCGGCUCUCACAGCCCCCUAAUGGUUCGCUGUUCCUGAUCCAGCCUGGAAGCAAAUCCACACCCCCUUUCCACGAGCCCCUGGAAGUGGGGGAGAAUGAUAGUUUAAGCCAGUGCUUCUCAGGGACAGAGAGCACGGUGGAUUCUGAAGGCUGUGAGUUCACUGAGCCUCCAUGCAGGACUGACUGUGUACCUGUGUCCCCUGAAAAGUACUUGAAGAAAGAAAUAGAGGGUGACAGUUGCCUACCCUGGGUGGCCAGCUCCAGUUCAACAGAUGGCUACACAGGCAGUGGGAACACUCCCAGAGAGGACCAUGAACCCCUUACGGGGUCCCUGAAAUGUGGACCAUUGCCCCAGUGUGCCUACAGCAUGGGUCUUCCCAGUGAAGCAGCAGGCAGCGUGGAAGAGGCAGGAGAGCAGCCUCAGGACAGGCCUGAUGGAAAGCUUCCAAGCUCGGAGAGGGGACCAACGGGGUCUGGGAGUUCCCCCAAUGACCAGCCACCUGCAUCUGGGAAUGUGACAGGAAACAGUAAUUCCACGUUCAUCUCCAGCGGGCAGGUGAUGAACUUCAAGGGCGACAUCAUCGUGGUCUAUGUCAGCCAGACCUCGCAGGAGGGCCCGGGGCCUGCAGAGCCCGAACCAGAGCCGGUGGGCCGCCCGGUGCAGGAGGAGACGCUGGCACGCAGAGACUCUUUCGCGGGCACUGCGCCUGCCUUUCCCAACACGAGCGCCACCGGGGCUGGGCUGCAGGAGCAGGGCGCGCCGCCGGGACCGAAGGACAGGACGACGCGACCGGUGCAGGAGCAGGGCGAGGCUCAGGGUUCACCGCAUAUUCAGGCGUCCGGACAUUGUACAGAAUGACCCUGCGUUCUCUACCUGCCCUGCGUGGCCCAGGGCACCAGCGGCUUUCCGAAAACAUGUGUAGUGGCUUGCCACUGCGCACCUCCUCACAGGUGCAGACUGCGGGCUCGGUGGUGGCGCUCACCUCUCACUUCCCCCUGUGCUUCUCUCUCC